AUUAGGCUGUAUAAUGCGUUUGCUGCUGCAAUCGAGCGGGGGAAUUGCACGGCAUAUAGAAAACGAGAACGCUCGCGGGAGGCUCCACGACAUUCCGUUAACACGGCGCGUACGUAGUCGUCACGUGAAGUGAUUAACGGCGAAUGGUGACGGGCUGUGAGUCUCGGAGAGGUGGGGCAUGCCGAUAUUUCACAACAUAUACGCAUUGAUAUCCAGAAAAUGGGGUGGUGAUACCGUGAAUGCAAGACCUAGACAUUGAAGAGUGGCCGUUUGAGGUUGAUACUGUGGGGAAAAAACGACUGUAUACGUUGGAAGAGAUUGUCGAGUGGCCUUUCGAAGACCUCUGCAAUAGCCCAGAUCUACCCGAGGUAGAGAUCAUCAGUUUGAUCCAGGAGGAGAUCCCCCGCUACAAGCUCCGCGCCGACACCGUCUUCGGCUACGAGAACAAGGACUGGUUGGAGAGUCCGGUUCUCCCGCCGGACACGCCCGUAGACCUCUCGCCUGAACAGGCCGAGGAAACGCUCAAAUACUUUGCCCUAUGCUCCGAUCGUGUGGCCCAGAUGACGAAGACGUACAAUGACAUAGAGGCUGUCACACGACUUCUUGAAGAAAAAGAGCGGGAUCUUGAGCUUGCUGCUAAGAUUGGCCAGUCACUGCUGGAGAGGAAUCGACUCCUCAGCCAGAAAAAUGACUACCUGGAGGAACAGUUACAGAUUGUGUCCGAGCGGAACAACCAGCUCCAGCAUGAGCUCCAGCUGAAGGAAGAUCUGCUGCAGAUCUACACCCAGGAGGAGUCACUCAGCGAGACAGACUCCAGCUGCACCUCACCUGCCACGAGACAUGACAGAACACUGCUUUUACCCAGUGGCUUACCCAACAUUGAUGCUCUCCAAAAGAAGAUUAAGACACUAGAAGAAGAAAAUCUACAGAUUCGGUCUGAGGCAGCGAAGUUGAAGACAGAGACGGUGGACUAUGAAGAACAAGAGGCCAAACUGGUUUCCGACUGUGUCAAGGAGCUAAGUACGUUUCAGGACGAACUAAAGGAAGCUAACACUCAGAUCAAACAGCUGACUGAAGAGUUGGUGAGAAAGAAUGAAGAUAAUGCCAGGUUUCAGGAGGAGUCCACCAGCUACCUGGCACAGACCAUCGACCUUAACAAGAAGCUCAAGAAGUCUGCUCUGGAGAAUGAAGAACUCCAACAACACCUGCGGGUUGCCAAGGAAACACAGCAGGAACUUACAGAGGAGCUCCGUGACCUUGAGGAGAAGUACCAGGAGGUCAUGGGGAUGUUGCAUGAAGCACAGGCGGAAGCGAAGACAAUGCGGAAAAAGACCCAGCCCAGCUCCUCCACCAAGAGGCCGUACGGCAGCACUCUCCCCGGCAUGUUCCCUCUGGACUCCUUGGCGUCAGAGAUAGAACACACCAUGAGACAACAGAUAGGGGACGGAUUUGAUGGUCCCUCACCAAAAGACCAAAGAACUAACACCAAGCGAGUGAUGGACACAGUUCGCUACAUCAGGAGAAAGCCUCUGCCCGGCAAACCUAUCCCAGGAUCCAACACCACCACCACCAUGACCAGCAUGAGCAGUGGUCCGCUCUGCACCAACACCAUCGGCUCCGGCAGCUCUCACGCCUCCAGCCCGCCCAGCGAGAACUACGGCGCUGACGACGACGAAAACAGUAACGUCACUGGAACGGACACUGGUAGUUCCAGUAAAUCAAGUAACCUGGGAAGACCCGGUAUCCCGGGAUCCAACGACCUUGAGACGGCCUUGAGGAGGCUCAGUCUGCGGCGAGAAGCCGAGAACAUCUUCCGUGACCGGCAGCGGGAGAGGCGGAUAUCGGAGUGCCGAGAGUCGGACUUCUCCGAGACGUCCACGCCAGACGAGAGCGACAGUAUCAUGUCCACGGGCAGCCAUUUGUCGUUCCUGUCGCGUGGGUCGUCCUUCUCCCGCCCGUACAUUCCAGAGAAACUGCAGAUCGUGAAGCCCAUGGAAGGCUCGAUGACGCUGCACCAGUGGCAGAGACUGGCGACCCCUAACCUGGCGGGUGUGCUGGAGUCACAGGACGGAGUCCACAUCAAGGGUUACCGCCACAUCGAGCAGGACUUCACCGAGGAGUACCACCUCAGCGACGUGGAGGAGGAUGAUGGAUGCCUAGGUGCAUGUCUGGACCUCGACACUAGUCCAAAUUUGCCCAAAAGUGACGCAGCAGCCAUGUUAGAAAAUAAGAAUCGUGAAUACAAUGACAGCGUGGAUGUCCUUGGUUUGACACGAUCUCUCAGUUUUACGUCGUUCCUUGCCGAGAAUUUGUGUGUUGUGAUCCAGCCGACGUCAGGCUCCCUGUCGACGAACACGACGUACACGUACACCCAGUGUGGCAUCCUGCACCCCUCAGACGACAACACAAGCGUCAGCUCAAGGAGGUGUAGAAGGUGUACUUGUUGUGAGAGACGGGUUAGAGCUACGUGUGUACCAGGCUCCAGCUCAGGAAGACCCGUGCCAUCAGUCAGCAUGUUGCGUAGUCAGCCCCCCGCGGUCGGCACCCUCCGUCGUACCUCCAUCUCCAACUCCUGCUCCAACCUCCGCGAGGCCACCAGCACCUUCAGCACCACGACCGGACUCGCCAAACUUCUCAAGGAGCGCGGAAUCCAAGCCAUGAAACCCGUCACACGAAAACCGGAGAGACUAAACGUAGACUUGAAAGUCUCGACGCAGACCACACCCUCAUCAUCUGCGUCGCUGCCAAGGCAGAAGCUACGCAUCGACUUAGAUCUAAACUUGCCCUCUAAUGCUAGUAUCAACCUCAAGGUCGGAGCGCCCAAACCGCCCCCCACUCCACCCAACUCACCUACAAAAUCUGCUCCGAUCCUCACACACGGAGGUAUGAACUCCACGACGUUCGCGAGCAAGCUGGCGCGUGCCAUGAUGAUGACAUCACCCAACGGAAACAGCAGCACGGACAACUCCAAAUACGACAUUGUCAACAAGGUGAAAGAAAUGGACAUUGGGAGUAUGAUAUCGACGUGUGCUGUUACAACAACAACUACCACAACGUCGUCACUACCGAGCGGGCCGUUACCGAGUACCGUGAUGUUAGGGACGGGGUACAGAGUGAGUUCUGUCGCGUCUCCCGGCCCAAUGUCCGCGCUAAGCGGGAAUUUUAAGAUCCCGCCCUCCCCAAAAGCACAACACGGAUCAGUUAGGAAGAAUGCCUCGUUCUAAGAAACGUAGCAAUUUUAGCAGUCAAAUCGGAUGUUAUUAUUAGUAUACAAAGAUCAAUGAUUAAUGAUGGUAGUAUGGCAACUUGGAAUUAGACUACUGGCAUGUUGUAAUUAUUGUAAAAUAACCUGUCAUUAGUUUGUUAAUUGUUAAUCAGAUAGUCCAUUUUAACGUGCCAUUUCUUAUGUAUUCAGGUAACGAAAUGCUUUUUGUGACCUUGUGAAAAAAAGGCCAUAAUAGCAUGAGUGUUCUAUACUUCAACUUGUUUGGAAGAAAAUUUUGUGUAAGCCCAAAUUUGGAACUGAUGGUUGAAAGGAAAUGCUACUACUAGAGUUUGUCAUUUUCAUUGAUUUUGGAAGCCAUAUACCAUGAAAAGUUGGUAGUCAUAUGUUUGAAAUAUCAAAACAUUUUUGGCAUAAAAUUGAGUCAGGUUUGUAUAUUCAGUGUAGUUGAACAAAUCAUUGUGGAACACACAAAUUAUGGUGUAUCUCACAUAAUUUUCAAUAUUUCAAGGCCUUAAUUUCUUGGUAGAUGGUAAAAAACAUAUACUAAACUAUCUUGAAUGCUUAGCAUGCUAAUUGUACCUUCAUACAAAUGUAUGCUUGUAUAUAGAUGUCAACAAUAAUAUAGGAUAUAUCAAAACGUCCAUACCCAUAUUCAUGCUGUCCCCAUGACAUAAUCUAUUGUAAAGCAACUAAAUUUUCAUUUGUUGUGCUCUCAGUUCUUGUCUGUUUUGUGAAACGUCCAAGAAUAAUUUUUGAAUGUUGCAACAUGUGUGUUUAUGUGGAAACAUUGUAUAUAACCCAUCUGCGAAAAAUUUACUUCUGAAGUUGUCAUUUUUUGGAGAGAAAUACAAAAAUAUAUGUGAUGGAGCACUACCUAUAAGGACAGUGCAAUCUUAAUAACUUAUUAGGUCUUUGUGUCAAAGAUAAAACGACAUGAACAUUGUAUAAACUAACAUUAUUAGAAGCAUCUAUUAUCUUGUACAGUGCUGCUUUUAGUAUAUUUCAAGCGAAUUCAAUGUACAAAUGUAUUAAUAUGUGUUUCUCAAUGUUGAGAUUUCUAUUAUACUUUUCAUUUGAGUUUUGAAUGUUUAUUUCAAUUACUUUAUUUCUAAAAUUAUUUGGUUGCCUUAAAAUUUUAAGUUUUGAAAGUUUAACAUUGUAUUUAUGAUAAAAAAAGGUGCUCUUCUAGCUAAGUUUGCUGCAUCAGCAACUAUCUGGCUUUGAUAGUAUGGAAUUGAUUGAUUUCUUUACAUACAUGUAAAAUGUUAAUUUUCGACUAUUUUAUCAUUGAAAUUAAUGUGAAACAAAACAUGUUUUGCAGUGUAAAAGAUUGUACAUUUGGAGAUUAGCUGUUAACGUUUUUUUAUUGGAUGAAGGUUUGUCUGAUCUUGGUUGGAUUCAUUACCUAGGUUGUGAUGUUUUCUGAGAAACAGAUGAAUUGGAAAAAAAUAAAUAUGAAAACU